AUGUCUCCGGAGAAAGCCCAACCCCUUGGCGACACCACUUCCCACCCCUACCUCUCCAGCCCACCUCAUAAUCUCACAUUUGAAGAAGUGAUCAAUGAGCUAGGCACAAACUCCGAUGAUGGUCUCACUACAGAGAAUGUGAAGCAGCGCCUUGAAAAAUAUGGCCAGAAUAUGCUAGAGGGAGGCGAAAGCGUCUCCUUCGCAAAGAUCAUUAUCCGCCAAAUCGCCAACGCGAUGAUGCUUAUCCUUAUCAUCGCCAUGGCAGUCAGCUUCGGCAUCCAGUCCUGGAUCGAAGGCGGCUUUAUUGCAGCUGUCAUUGUUCUUAACGUAGUCGUUGGUGUUUACCAAGACUUCGCCGCCGAGAAGACAAUGGACUCCCUCCGCUCCCUGAGUUCGCCCACAGGAGUAGUGACCCGCGACGGCAAGACUACCACAGUCCCCGCAAAUGAGAUCGUUCCUGGCGAUAUGGUAGAACUGAAAGUUGGCGAUACCGUCCCUGCAGAUCUGAGAUUGGUCGAAGCUUUCAACUUUGAGACUGACGAAGCAUUGCUCACGGGUGAAUCUCUCCCAGUACAAAAAGAAGCCGAAUCCACAUUCGAUGCCGAUACUGGUCCAGGAGACCGUCUCAAUAUCGCCUAUAGCUCGUCAACUGUCACCCGCGGCCGCGGCAGAGGCGUGGUAGUCGGCACAGGCAUGCAAACCGAAAUCGGCGCCAUCGCCGCCGCACUUCAUGGUAGCGAUACUAAGCGUCGGCCAGUGAAGCGCGGACCGGAAGGCGAGACUAAAAAGCGUUGGUACAUCGAGGCGUGGACAUUAACCACCACGGACGCGAUUGGUCGUUUCCUCGGUAUCAACGUUGGUACACCACUACAGCGCAAACUAUCAAAGCUCGCACUACUUCUCUUCGGAAUUGCGGUUAUCUGUGCUGUUGUGGUUGCAGCAGCCAAUGACUGGCGCGGAGACAAUGAAGUCAUCAUCUAUGCGGUCGCGACUGGCUUGGCCAUGAUUCCUGCAUGCUUGGUUGUUGUUUUGACGAUCACCAUGGCAGUCGGAACGAGGCAGAUGGUUCAGAGACAUGUUAUUGUCCGCAAGCUGGACUCUCUGGAGGCACUGGGUGCUGUUACCAAUAUCUGUUCUGAUAAGACUGGUACUUUGACGCAGGGCCGAAUGGUGGCUCGUCGUGCCUGGAUUCCGUCCGUGGGAACUUAUUCCGUGGGAUCUUCUAAUGAUCCCCUGAAUCCUCAGGAUGGAGAUCUCAUUUUGACAGCCGAGCCACCGAUGAAGUUGCACGCUGACUCCAAGGGCGGCGAUCCCGCGAAUCCUGCCGAUUUGCUUAAGGAUAAUGAGGAGUUGAAGUCAUUCCUUAAUGUCGCUGCUAUGGCAAACCUGGCUCAUCUGCACAAAUCGUCCAAUGAUGAGUGGCAGGCCCGUGGUGAGCCAACAGAUAUUGCUAUCCAGGUCUUCGCCACUCGUUUUGACUGGGGUUCUGAUCAUUGGACCAAGGGUGACAAGCCGAUCUGGCAGCAGAAGGCCGAAUACCCCUUCGAUUCGAGCGUGAAAAAGAUGUCCGUCAUUUUUGCCAAACAGGACGGCGAGUCAGAGAAGGCACAGGAGAUGAUUUUCACCAAAGGAGCCGUUGAGAGAGUUCUUGAAGCUUGCACAUCCAUCAAGUGGAGUCCUGACUCCCCUGCCGUUCCAUUGGAUGAGGAUAUCCACGAUGAAAUCUUGGAGAACAUGGAAGCACUCGCAAAAGAGGGCCUUCGCGUUCUCGCUCUAGCCGGACGAGAGCACACCUCUGACUCUAACACCGAUGAGACCCUUCCACGGGAGGAAGUUGAGAAGGACCUCACUUUCUACGGAUUGAUCGGUCUAUACGACCCUCCUCGCCCCGAAACCGCCGGCGCAAUCAGCCAGUGCUACAAGGCCGGAAUCUCCGUGCACAUGGUAACGGGAGACCAUCCCGGGACAGCACGCGCAAUCGCCGCUCAAGUCGGAAUCAUUCCAUCGAACAUGGACACUCUCGCAAAGGAUGUCGCGGACGCGAUGGUCAUGACGGCGAGUGAAUUUGACAAGUUAUCCGAAGAUGAGAUCGACAACCUACCUACUCUCCCCUUGGUUAUCGCACGUUGUGCACCAAACACGAAGGUCCGCAUGAUCGAAGCAUUGCAUCGACGUGGUCGCUAUGUCGCGAUGACGGGUGACGGUGUGAAUGAUUCCCCCUCGCUGAAGCGCGCCGAUGUCGGUAUCGCCAUGGGUCAAAACGGGUCUGAUGUUGCAAAGGAUGCCUCAGAACUUGUUCUGACAGAUGAUAACUUUGCUUCAAUGAUUAAUGGUAUUGAAGAGGGACGUCGUAUUUUCGACAAUAUUCAGAAAUUCAUUCUGCAUCUUUUGGCGGAGAACGUGGCUCUUGCUUUGACGCUGCUCAUUGGUCUGGCCUUCAAGGAUAACACUGGGCAAUCAGUUUUCCCAAUCUCCCCCGUCGAGAUUAUCUGGAUUAUCAUGAUCACUUCUGGUCUACCAGAUAUGGGCUUGGGGAUGGAGAUUGCCGCUCCGGAUGUGAUGGAUCGCCCUCCACAAAGCAAACAAGGUAUCUUCACCUGGGAGAUCAUCAUUGACACCCUAGUCUACGGCGUUUGGAUGGCAGCCCUCUGCCUCGCAGCCUUUGCACUGGUCAUGUUCCAGUGGGGCGAUGGCAACCUAGGAGAAGGCUGCAACACACAAUACAACGACCCAAACAAACCAUACACUUGCGACACGGUAUUCCGUGCCCGCGCAACAACAUUCACUUGCAUGACAUGGUUCGCCCUGUUCCUUGCAUGGGAGAUGCUGAACCUGCGCCGCAGCUUCUUUUGCAUGCAGCCCGACUCCAAGCGCCAUUUCACUCAGUGGAUGCACGAUAUCUGGCGUAACCAAUUCCUGUUCUAUGGUAUCAUGGCAGGAUUCGUGCUUGCUUUCCCGAUUCUUUAUAUCCCGGUCAUCAAUCACAGUGUGUUUAAGCAUACUGCUAUCAGUUGGGAGUGGGGAAUUGUGUUCGUCGAGACUAUUUUGUUCUUCUUGGGUAUUGAGUCCUGGAAGUGGUGCAAGAGGGUUUAUUUCCGUCGCCAGGCGCAUAGAGCAGAGAAGAAGGGUGAGGUUCCGAGAGAUGAGAGGCGGAGACUGAAGGAUUUCAGUCGUCAGCCCACUAUGAGUCGGUCGGAGACUCAGGCUACUGGUGACAUGAAGGUUGAGCAGUCCCUGGUUUGA